AUGGAAGUGAGAAGUGUGAGAUUGACCUUGUUGUCGGGUUUGCUGAGGCAACAGGAGGCUGCCAAAGCCAAGGCAAUAGCCAGAAAAGAAGGUAAAGAAGUGGCUUCGAAGUCUUCUGAGAAGAUCAACGCUGAAGUCCCAGCUUGGGAUCAAUACCUGCAGGCCAACUCAUCCUUCGUGUCACACGGCGUCUUCAUGCAGACCGUGGCUUGGCAAGUGGAUGGGCGGCGUGUGCUCAGCGUGGUGCCGCACCCGCUGAUGACCGAUGUGGAGAAGGUUGCCAAGGCUGUCCAGCAAAACGUCACCUCCGUGAAACAGUGCAAGCUCGCCGAUAUUUCCAAGGAGACGGGUUUCCCGGCCUUUGUUUGCCCUCCUUUCGGCUAUCCACCUGAUGCCGAGGGGAGGCCUCCACUUCUUCUGGUUGACAGCUCAGUCACGGAGAUGAAGCGGCCCUUGCUCUUCGACGUUGGCUCCAUGGGUGUUUCCCUCACGGUGAGCGAGUUCCUGCGCAGCACGCGGGCAUGCUGCGUCGAGAAUCUGGCGAAGCCGAACCUGGGGAAGCCGAACCCGAGGAAGCUUCCUCCAGCCGAUCUUCCAUCGGGCGCGCCAUCGCCGGAGCCUGCGCCAGAGCCAGCUCCAAUCAUCAAUGAUACGGCAUCCGAUGCCAUCAUGACGCUUAGAUGCAAGACUCUGGCGGGCUUGGCUGUGCACAUGGGUGCACCAGAAAAGCGCCUGAGGUCUCACGUCGCCCGCGUGGCCGUCCAGGUGAGAGCAGUCCGAAUCACUUUGACCUGCUUGCGAGGAUCCUGCGGCCCCUGCGGCGCAAGCCUCAUCUUCGUGUGUCUGACGCGGUUGAGCCUCAAGAUGUGGUUUUCGAAGAUUGGCAAUGCCCUGCCUAGCGUGGCAGAGGCAGCCGCUGCGGCUACAGCCGGAGACUUCAAUGCCUUGUCCAAGGCUGCAUCGUCUGCGCAGCAGGGCCUGCAGCAGGGCUUCUCCGACAUCACGGGGAAAGCGAAGGGAAUGGCCAAGCAAGCCUCCACGACAAUUUCGGAGAAUGCGAUUUCCAGAGAGAGGUGGAUGACGUUCUUUGGGGGAGCACUGCUCGGUUGCUUUCUCAUGAGCCUCGCCUUUGUAUUCUUGCCUGUGGUGGUAUUGAUGCCGCAGAAGUUCGCUUUGCUCUUUACUCUUGGCUCGCUCUGCUUUCUUGGAAGCUUCUCGGCUCUCCGUGGCCACGUGGCGUUUGCGAGGCAUUUGUUCUCCCGCAGCCGGCUUCCGUUCACCUUGACCUACAGCACGUCUAUGGCGGGCACUCUCUGGGCCUCUUUGAUCUACAGGUCUUACUUGCUGACGAUUGCCUUCUCCGCGGUGCAGGUGAGCUCGCUUGUGUGGUUUCUUUUGUCGUACAUUCCUGGGGGGAGGCGGGCGUUGAGCCUUGUGACGGGCUUGGCCUGGAGGGUGUGCAAAGGAUGCUGCAAAUGUGCAAGCAAGGGAUCCCUGCUGCCAUUUUGA